UUUAUUUUGUUAUUAUUUCGCCGCGGACCGUUUUGCCGAGCGCUUGGCCCUAAGUUUGUGCUGUCAUAUAUCCGUUUCCAGUCGUCCCGCACUGAUUUUUUCACUGUUCCGGCCGAAUUUCUCGCCACCUUCCGCUCAAACCAAUAGACGAAGCAAUGUCUGAUUCAGAAGCUGUAGUUGAAAAGAGGCGUGGACGUCCCGCAAAAGACAAGUCUGAAGAUUCUGUUAAAGAACCCAAGAAGCGGGCGCGUGAAGUUGAAAAGAAAGACAAAGAUGCUGUAAAAAAGGACGAAGAUGUUCCAGCAAAAAGAGGCCGAGGUCGUCCACCAAAAUCUGGAGCUUCCGGUGGAAAAAAAACUGAUAAGCCUAAGAGCAAGACUGGUAAACGUGGUCGCCCAAAGAAGAGUGACAAAAAAGAAAAGGAGGAAUCUGCUGAAGAAGAAGACAGCAAAGAAGAAAAUGAAGAUGAAGAGGACGAAUAAGACACUACUUAGGAUUAAUCUCAACAUUUGUGUGUUCCGUGUGCAGUGUGUCCUUAAUUUAGAUUGCAUCAAAA